AUGCAGCCGCUUUGUUUGAACUCGCAACUGAAAUUCAUCUUCCGGUGGACCCACUUGAUGGGUCUUUGGAUUCCGGAGAGGCAAUCGAGGAGAAGAGUUCCGACGCCGUGGGAAACGUUCACUUUGGCGUACACGGCGUUCGCCUUCUUCAGCGUCAUGUCCAUUGUGCUCGGCGCCGUGCGCGAUUUAAGCAGAGUUUUGGAGCUGAGCGUGCCGAUCGUUGUCUCUCUGAUGUACUUGCUCAUGAUGGCCAAGACGGUGUACAUUUGGCUCGGAAAAAGCAAACUGCUCGCGUUGAUGGACGCGAUGGACGACGCGAUUGCGUUCGCGCCCUUCGCCCAACACCAGAAAGUCGUCGUCGAUUUUAUCUGCGGCAACGUUCGGAAAACGGUGCUCGGCCUCAUUUCACUCGGCACGGCCGUCUACGUCGCCACCUUGGUCGCCUUUUACUUUUUCAGCUUCCUGCCGACGGAAUUCAAGGAGGACCAAGUCGUCGCGGGAUUCAAAGCCAAGAACUGGACACUCCUGGAAAACGUCGGUUUCGGCCUGCAUUGCAUUUUGACUUUGAUCAUGCCCACGAAAAUGCUUCUGAUGGACACGCUGAUGAUCCAAUGUCACUAUUUUGUCGUCCAGCAGCUGAAGUUGCUCAACAGAAUCUACAACCAACCCUGCUCUUUCAAUGAGAAAAAGAAAUUUUGCUUCAACUGCGGCAAAGAAUCAGACUGCGAUUAUUUCGACAACUGGGUUCGAAUGUUCAAUAAAGUAAAAAGAAUUCACGUUGAGGUUAACAAAUUUUUUGGUCCUUACUGCAUCAUAUAUGUGGGAUGUGUAAUGUUUUUGUUGUGCAUAAUAACUUUUACCGCUGCUAAGUUUCCGUCGUCCCUGCUUGCAACAGCAAUGGCAUUGGUCGCCGUUUUGUUUAUAAUUCAAAUUUUCGCGUUUUGCAAGAGUGGCCAAAGCGUACGAGAUGCGGCCGAAAGAUUGACGGACACAAUAUGCACCGGGCCACGUUGCAAUCUCCGCUUGGCAGAAGGUCUCAAUUAUUUGGUCGCGUUGGAUUUGCAAAGGAGCUUCACGGUGCGCGGCGGUCCCUUUUUCAACGUAAAUCUCGAGUUUUUCGCCUCCAUUAUUGGAGUCGUUUUCACUUAUUUCGUAGUUUUGGUGCAAAUUAAAGAAUAA